CUUGAGCCUUCUACUACUAUACUCAUUUCGGUUCAUUAAGAGCAUGGAAGAAAGGAUCCUGAAGCAACUUCAGAUGAACUUGACAAAAGCUGCAACAAGCUGCGACAAGGCAAUAUCAGCAUUGGAAAAUGAGACCAAGCUGUUAUGGGAGGAAUUGAAAGAGGAGAAUAAGCUGUUAUGGAAGGAAGUCCGUGGGUUGAAAAAGGAGAGCAAGCUGUUAUGGGAGGAAGUUCGUGGGUUGAAAGAGGAGAACAAACUGCUAUGGGAGGAAGUUCGUGGGUUGAAAGAGGAGAACAAGCUGUUAUGGAAGGAAGUCCGUGGGUUGAAAGAGGAAACACAUGAGUUGAAAGAGAAACAACAUGAGAUGAAACAAGAAAUCUGUGAGAUAAGACAGGAGUUCCGCGAGAGGAAACGGGAAAUCUGCGAGUUGAAAGAGGAUAUGGUCUUUUUUCAAGAUAAACUCACCGAGCACGCAGAUUUACUCGCCCAACUGACAGAUCUCUUCUCCCUCUCCACAUACGAGGAUUGCUCGAUUGGCCAAGACUUACAAUGAGAAGUUACCUCCGUGACCCUAACAGACGAGGCUAGAAGAAAGAUUAAGGAGAUACCGCAACAGAGCGAUUUUAAUCCAGAUCCUUGAUUUUGUUUUCGGCCAUGAUUGUAACAUUUUUUAGUCGUCGCUUUUGCAGUCUUUAUGGUUGUGAUAGAACCAUAGUUUCCCAGUCCUAGUUGGAAUAAUUGUGAUAUACCAACUCCGUCUCUUUCUUAUUCACGGCAUAUAUAGAAAGUAAUCUGUUGCGAAGGUAAUA